GUCCAGAACCAGCCGAGUGUUAGGAGCAGAGUGAGGACAAGUCAUGGCAAGGGAAGCAGAAAUAACGAGGGUCCUUCCGGCUCCAAACACCAACACGGAAGGGAAGGGCGUUGCUGAGUCUCCUGCUAGGAAAACACAGGCCCUGGGCAUAUAAAAGCCCCAGCAGCCGACAGGCUCAGACACACACUCACUCACACACUCACUCACUCACUCACACCUCCCCCAGCUCACCUCCUCCCCACCCCAACAUGGCCGCGUCCACCAUGUCCGUCUGCUCCAGCACCUGCACUGACUCCUGGCAGGUGGACGACUGCCCAGAGAGCUGCUGCGAGCCCCCCUGCUGUGCCCCCAGCUGCUGUGCCCCGGCCCCCUGCUUGACCCUUGUCUGCACCCCAGUGAGCUGUGUGUCCAGCCCCUGCUGCCAGGUGGCCUGUGAGCCCAGCCCCUGCCAAUCAGGCUGCACCAGCUCCUGCAUGUCCUCGUGCUGCCAGCAGUCUAGCUGCCAGCCGGCUUGCUGCACCUCCUCCCCCUGCCAGCAGGCCUGCUGUGUGCCUGUCUGCUGCAAGUCUGUCUGCUGCAAGUCUGUUUGCUCUGGGGCUUCCACUUCAUGCUGCCAGCAGUCUAGCUGCCAGCCAGCUUGCUGCACCACCUCCUGCUGCAGACCCUCCUCCUCCGUGUCCCUCCUCUGUCGCCCUGUGUGCAGGCCUGCCUGCUGCGUGCCCGUCUCCUCCUGCUGUGUCCCUGCCUCCUCCUGCCAGACCAGCUGCUGCUACCCGGCCUCCUGCGUGUCCCUCCUCUGCCGCCCCACGUGCUCCCGCCCGGCCUGCUACAGCCUCUGCUCUGGCCAGAAGUCCAGCUGCUGA